AUGCGGAAUCACAACACUGUCGAACCUAAGAGAAAGAGAAAAAUAGAAAUAGAACCCGGAAAGAGUGCAAGUUACGUUGAAACUGAAGCUGAAAACAGAGAACCAAAGAACCUCACCUCUGCACCUCUAGUUGAAAGCGAACCAACUUUGACUAAUAAUUACCUAGACAUAGAAUCAAUACCGGUUGUAAUGUUUGGAGAUGAUAUUGUAAUUGACCAUACAGAAACAGUAGAAAAUGAUAAUAAAAACUGUUUUUAUAAUACUAUUUCGAAUAAUGAAAUAAAAGAAAGUGCCAAAGUUAAAAUAUUAUCAGAUAUAUCCAUAACUGAUUCUAAAUUGGUAAAUGACGCCAUAUCAGUUGGUGCAUUGAAAUUAAUCCCGCCGAGCACCAAAUUACCAAUUUUAUCAAAGGCUGCAACCUUUGAGUUUUUGAGGGCUUUCAUCCAUGUGAAGUAG